AUGUGGUAUCACAUCUCCAACGCCAAUGAGUACCUCGUCGUCACUGGCGCGGGCGUCGACGAUGUACGCAUCGUCAAGAAAGCCUUCGUCUACCCAUGGCAGCGCGUUGCUCGCAUCUCCGUCUCGCCCUUCGACUUCUCUCUCAACUUGCAGGCCAUGACCAUUGAGAAGCUCCAGUUUGCCCUGCCCGCCGUCUUCACCAUCGGCCCAGACAACAAGCCCGAAGCUCUCAAAAAAUAUGCAUUGCUCCUCAGCGGGAACCCCGACGGCACCCCCUCCGCCAGCAAGAAACCUGGCCUGGCCAUUGUGCCGACCCAGAGGGGCCAUGUUCAGGACAUUGUGAAAGGCAUCAUUGAAGGCGAGACCCGUGUCAUCGUGUCCAGCAUGACGAUGGAGGAGAUUUUCAAGGAGCGACAAGUCUUUAAGCAGAAAGUUAUUGAAAACGUCCAGAACGAAUUGGACCAGUUUGGUCUACGGAUUUACAAUGCCAACGUGAAGGAACUUCAAGACACACCCGGCUCCGAGUACUUCGCCUUCCUCUCCCGCAAAGCCCACGAGGGAGCGUCCAACCAAGCCCGUAUCGAUGUGGCUGAAGCUCGCAUGCGAGGUGAAAUUGGCGAGGCUUCAAAACGUGGUCAUACCAAGCAGGAAAUCUCCAAGAUCGAAGCAGAGACCGCCGUCCUCGAGACAAAGAGGAGAGCCGACAAGGCACAAGCAGAUGCCGAGCUUACGAAUCGACAGACUGAGUUGGACAUGACCAUUCAAAUCAACCAGAUUCAAGCUCGGAGAGCUGCAGAAGCCCGGGAUGCCGAAUUGCAGAAAGAGGUCGAGACGAAAAAGGCAGCCACCGAGCUUGAACGCCUCCGUGCCAAAGACCUCGUCCGUGCACAAAUCUCAAAGGAAACGACACAACAAGAGGCUGAUGCCGACCUCUACCGCGCGUCCAAGCAAGCUGACGCCAAGGCAUACGCUGAAAAGCAGGAUGCUGAUGCUCAGUUGUUCAAACAGCAACGCCAAAUUCAAGCCAGUGUCGAACGCCAAAUGAAAGAAGCCGAUGCAAUGUACCAUGCUAAGAUGCGUGAAGCAGAAGCUACAAAGGCACAAGCAGAAGCGUACAGGGAAUUGGCCGACGCAUUUGGCGGACCACAAGGCCUGCUUCAAUUCAUGAUGCUCAAGGAGAAUACCUACGAGAAGCUUGCCAUGGCCAACGCAAAGGCUAUUCAAGGCCUUCAGCCCAAGAUUACCGUAUGGAACACCGGCAACGGUGACGCGAGCGGGGCAAUGGGAGAAGGCAUCGCACCGAUCAAGAACAUCAUGCAGUCGUUGCCUCCUUUGCUCAGUACGAUCCAGGAACAGACCGGCAUUACACCGCCAAAUUGGAUGGUGCAAAUGCCCAAGGACGUCAACGGACAGCUGAAGCCGGAGGAGAGGAGAAAGAUCUUGAGCCACAGCGCCGAAGAGAAGAAGGGCUGA